AUGAAAAAAAUGAGUAACAUCUAUGAAUCAGCAGCCAAUACUCUGGGAAUCUUUAGCAGCCCCUGCCUGACCAAGGUAGAAUUGAGAGUGGCAUGCAAAGGCAUAUCUGACAGAGAUGCCCUCUCUAAACCAGAUCCCUGUGUCAUACUGAAAAUGCAGUCUCAUGGACAAUGGUUUGAGGUUGACCGGACAGAAGUCAUAAAAACUUGCAUAAACCCUGUUUUCUCAAAGCUAUUCACAGUGGACUUUUAUUUUGAAGAAGUGCAGAGGCUACGAUUUGAAGUCCAUGAUAUCAGCAGCAAUCACAAUGGGCUGAAAGAAGCAGAUUUCCUUGGUGGCAUGGAAUGUACUCUGGGACAGAUUGUUUCUCAGAGAAAACUCUCAAAAUCUUUAUUGAAGCAUGGCAACACAGCAGGGAAAUCUUCCAUAACGGUAAUUGCUGAAGAAUUAUCUGGCAAUGAUGACUAUGUUGAGCUUUCCUUUAGUGCAAGAAAAUUAGAUGACAAGGAUUUCUUCAGCAAAUCUGAUCCCUUUCUGGAAAUCUUCCGAAUGAAUGAUGAUGCAACCCAACAGCUUGUUCAUAGGACCGAGGUGGUGAUGAAUAACUUAAACCCAGCUUGGAAAGCAUUUAAGGUGUCUGUAAAUUCCCUUUGCAGCGGUGACCAAGAUCGCAGACUGAAGUGCAUAGUCUGGGACUGGGAUUCCAAUGGUAAGCAUGAUUUCAUUGGAGAAUUCAGUUCAACUUUCAAGGAAAUGCGAGGAGCAAUGGAAGGAAGACAGAUUCAGUGGGAGUGUAUAAACCCCAAGUAUAAAGUAAAGAAGAAGAAUUACAAAAACUCUGGCAUCGUCAUUCUUAAUCUGUGCAAGAUUCACAAGAUGCAUUCAUUCUUAGAUUACAUAAUGGGUGGCUGCCAAAUACAGUUUACAGUGGCUAUAGAUUUUACAGCCUCAAAUGGUGAUCCUCGGAACAGCUGUUCUCUCCACUAUAUUCAUCCAUAUCAACCAAAUGAAUACUUGAAGGCACUAGUUGCUGUUGGGGAAAUCUGCCAAGACUAUGACAGUGAUAAAAUGUUCCCAGUGUAUGGCUUUGGAGCCAGGAUACCUCCUGACUAUAAAGUAUCUCAUGAUUUUGCAAUCAACUUUAAUGAAGAUAAUCCAGAAUGUGCAGGGAUUCAAGGGGUUGUGGAAGCAUAUCAGAAUUGUCUCCCAAAGCUUCAGCUUUAUGGACCAACCAACAUAGCUCCCAUCAUCCAAAAGGUGGCUAAAUCAGCAUCAGAAGAAACAAACACCAAGGAAGCAUCGCAAUAUUUCAUUUUGUUGAUUCUGACGGAUGGGGUCAUCACAGACAUGGCUGACACACGUGAAGCCAUCGUCCAUGCCUCUCACCUCCCCAUGUCGGUCAUCAUUGUUGGAGUCGGAAAUGCUGAUUUCAGUGACAUGCAGAUGCUUGAUGGGGAUGAUGGCAUCCUGCGGUCUCCCAAGGGAGAACCAGUUCUACGAGACAUUGUUCAAUUUGUGCCAUUCAGAAACUUCAAACAUGCAUCCCCAGCUGCAUUAGCAAAAAGUGUUUUGGCUGAAGUUCCAAAUCAAGUGGUUGACUAUUAUAAUGGGAAAACAAUUAAACCAAAAUGUAUGUCAGAAUAUGAGUCUUCCAGGACACUAGCUCCAUGA